AUGGCCAACCAACAGCGCCCGCACAGCCCCGACGCCUCAGAGACCGACUCCGACGGCGACUGCAUCACCAUCACCAUCUCCCACCGCCAGACGACGUGCGACAUGCAGUUCCCGCCCGAAGCCACUGUAAUCCAGCUCUUUGAGGAGCUCGAGGCCACGCUCGACAUCCCCGUGGCCAACCAAAAGAUAUUCGUGCCCAAAGGCCCCCUGCUCAAGGCCCCGCUGAAGAACCCUGACAUGUCCCUGGCCGAGCUCCAGGGCAAGACGCUCAAGCUUAUGGGCUCCGCCUCGUCAGAGGUGCAGGCCGUGCAGAGCAUGUGCGAGCGCAUCAAGCAGCGCGCCGCAGCGCGCCUCGCCCAUCGCGGCAAGGCGCGCAGCAGCAGCAGCGGCGGCCGCUCGCACAAGAGAACCGCCGCCGACGACACCAAGUACACCUUUCUCCAGGUCAAGCCGCUGCAGGGCCUGCCGCGGCCGGAGCGCAGCCUGGCGCUGCUCACGCGGCUCAAGGAGGACCCCGGCAUCCGGGCGACGAUGCGGAAGCGCAAGUACACGGUGGCGCUGCUGACGGAGAUGGAGCCGCUGUCCAACACGCAGGCGACGCACGAGGGCACGUCGCGGCUGCUCGGGCUGAACCGCAACCGGGGCGAGGUGAUUGAGCUGCGGCUGCGGACAGACGCGCACGACGGGUACCGCGACUACAAGACGAUCCGCAAGACGCUGUGCCACGAGCUGGCGCACAACGUGCAUAGCGACCACGACCGCGCAUUCUGGGACCUGUGCCACGCCAUCGAGCGCGAGGUCGACGCGGCGGACUGGAAGACGGGCGGCAACACGCUGGGGGAGACGUCGCGGUACGUCGUGUCGGGGCAGCAGGACGUAUACGGGGAGGAGGAGGAGGAGGAGGAAGACGGGGGCGGCUGGACUGGCGGUGAGUUUGUGCUCGGCGGCGGCGUGGCAGCGGCGGGCGGCAUCACGGCUGGGCUGAGUCGCAGGGAGGUCCUCGCGCAGGCGGCGCAGGAGAGGCAGCGUAGGGAGACGCAGGAGGAGGCCAAGGCCGUAGAGGCGGCAGAGAAGGGAUGGCGGCCGUGCCAAAGGCAGCAGCCGAGCGAUGAUUCUCCGGAAUGA